AGAAAACAUCGUAGGUGAUAAUAAAAUAAUAUGAUUUCUAACAAAUAACACAGCAACAAAUUUGUGGGGAAGCUAUAGAGAAUUUAUCGAUUCAGUACUAGAGCGAUACUUAUUUAAUCGACCCGGAAGGAAGAAGGCUACAUUUGAUCUCGAUUCUAUUUGAAGUCAGAACCUAAACAACAGUAACUAAAUACUGCUAACUAUUAUUCCGACGCCUCAACCGAUUCUAGAUACUAAUUUAACAACUUGGAAUCAGAUAGACAAUGACAUAAAAUAAGUAGGGAAACAUUUCCUGUUACACCGGUUCAGUGACUUUUACUUAACUUUCAUGUUCGAUUUGGACUUAAUAAUUAUUUAUAUUAAUAUUAAUUACAGUCGAAAAUGUCAGCGAAGAAAUUACCACCAAUUUUAACUGUGAAAGAAAUACUGCGACUUUAUAAAAUCCAGGCUCGAAAAAACUUAUCUCAGAAUUUCCUUUUAGAUAUGAAUAUGGUUCGGAAAAUAGUUCGGUCAGCUUCUUUUAUAAAGGAUCAUCACGUUGUUGAGGUUGGUCCUGGUCCUGGUGGCAUUACACAAGCUUUAUUACAGGCAAAUUGUAAACAUCUUACUGUCAUUGAGAAGGACUCCCGCUUUAUGCCCGCUUUAAAGAUGUUGGGAACUGUUUAUGAGAAUAUGGAUAUUAUUCAUGGAGAUAUUCUGAAAUUUGACAUGGAAAGAUUAUUUCCUGAGGAACUAAAAACUCCUUGGGCCUCAAAACCACCCCCAAUUCAUAUUAUUGGGAACCUUCCAUUUAAUGUAUCUACUCCUCUAAUUAUAAGAUGGUUGAGGGAUAUUUCCUACCAAAGAGGAGCAUGGUCUUAUGGACGGACACGCCUCACACUAACAUUCCAGAAAGAAGUUGCUGAAAGAAUGGUAGCGCCAAUAGCAAGUGAUGAACGUUGCCGACUCUCUAUGAUGUGUCAACAUUUAUGUAAUGUCAAGCUAAAUUUUAUUAUUCCAGGUAAAGUGUUUGUCCCUGCUCCAGAAGUUGAUGUUGGAGUUGUCAGUUUUGUUCCUUUAAUUGAACCAAAGAUUAAGUUACCAUUUGAACUGGUGGAGAAAGUGAUGAGGCAUGUCUUUCAUCACAGGAAUAAGAAAUGUCGUUAUGGCAUCCGAACUCUCUUUCCUAAAGAACACUGGUACUUUGCUGAAGAAAUUUUAGAGAAAUCUGCCAUUAACCCAAUAGUACCAUCAUACAAGUUAUCCAUGGAAGAAUUAGACAAGAUAUGCCAUGCCUACAAUGAUAUCUGUAAAACUGUCCCUGGUAUAAUAUCUUACGACUACAGAGCGACACCAGUUGAACGAAUCGUGAAAGAACAAGAAAUUACUUCACUUAUACUGGCACAGGACCAUAUUUGAAGAGGGAUACCAACAGUAUUUGGUCUCUUGUAUUUAAUGCUACCACAAAUGGUCGAUAGUUGGCAUUCUCCUAAAAAUAUCUGAAAGAAACUCUGGAGUCUCUUUCUAUCGCAGUCUUCGAGUUUGUCAGAUUUCAGCCCAGCACUGCAAUCUGUCGAAACGAUCCAUUUAAACAAUGCUCUAAUUGUUUAAACUGGCCACCUUUUUCACUGGGUUAUGUCACAGACAUGAAGAAGGACUCGACCCAGGUGACAUGUCAAAUCCUAACAGCUCAUCCAAACUGUGAUUCACAACAUUAACAAGUUGUGGUUGGUAGAAAUGAUUGUUCAUUGGAGUAAAAGACCUCACAAAUACUUCAGUAUUAAAUUUUGUUUCAUUGUUCUGAGUUCAAAUCCUGCUGAGGUUAACACAGUCUUUCCCACCUAUGGUGUAUAAAUAAUAACCAGUCAUAUACUGCUAGGAAUUUGUCCAGUGAAUUACACCAAGUGAGGAAUUGGUGACCUUCUGCCAACUCAAGGAAUCAAUGUUAUCUUAUUUUAUAGAAUAUAUAAUAUUUUUAAAGA